AUGCCCCCCCUUCUUCACACCGGCUGCACCGUUUCCAACAUCUUCUCAGGGGAAGAUAAGUGCAUAGGAUCACAGUAUAUGGUUAUUUGGCUGGCAAGGUCUAUCAAUAAUAGUGACCACCAUACACUGCAGCAAAUGAUUGACAGCCUGAACCCUUCACACGCAUCGGAGCGACAGCCUGUCCUGCCAUUCGGUUUCCCUGUCCGUUUCACGGCUGAAGGUCAGCGACACACCAGGUCCGUGCGCCGACCAUGGCGUAUGAUGUCACCAGCGGCCGUCGAAGCGUUCGGCCGCAGCGGCACGCAUGGCAAACAAAGAUCGGGUUCAGCUUCCAUCAAUCAGCAUCCUUGUUUGACAUGCAGUAGCAACAAGCAGGCCAUCGCAUUUCCCCAAUGUAUCUAG